AUAUGAUUAAAGUAAUGUGAGAUAUAUCGCGGUCCACGCACUGGUUCCAAACGACCACGACUUGUAAAACGAGCCCAAGGGAGAUCCCAUUACAUCGAUGAUACUAUAAUUAUUGGAAGCAACAACGGCUCAGUGAGCAAGUCAUUGGGUUAAUGGCACGCUCGGAUCGCUGCAUUGCUGUUGCAUCCGAGCGUAACGUUAACACCCCUAUAUUUGUUAUCAGAUCGGCAUCUCUAGAUUUUUUGCGGUUUGCAGAAGUGCUACAUCUGAUUGGAGAGCCGGACUUUCGCGCCGUAAGACUGCGGUGGGAGUAUGGAAAGCCCGAUGAGGAAGACCGGCCGAAAGUACUAGCGUUCCAAGUGCAUUACUGCGAAUUACAAGCAUGGGGGCAGUACAGAUGCAGAACAAAGGUUAUCGACACAAUGGAAGAAGAAAAGACUAUGAAAUCAUCGACGAGCACAACAGAAGCGACAGUCACUACAAGCCAGCCUCUUGGAGCGAGACGCGGGCGCAUGUACAGCACGCGAAUAGUCGGCUUGCGGAUGGCGACCACAUAUUCCUUCGAAGUCAGGCCAGUACAUCGUGAUGGACGAGAUUUAGCUGACCCAGAAUCUAUUAGCUCGAAAAUUAUAAUCGUCCCCACAAAAGGAUUUUCAGCUCGAGCCACUCAAUGUUUACCACACGCAAGUGAAGUUGAGGUGUCUACGGGUCCCUUUUUCGGAGGGCGUAUCGCUGUAGAAGCAGCAGAUGGCGGUCCUGAGAGAUGUUCCAUUCAAGGCAACCCGAACAGUGCUCAAGACGCGUACAUACUGCGGAUACACCACGACGAGUGCGGUUCAGAAGUAAACGACACCACUGUCGCUACCUACGUCAUCGUGCAGGAAAACUUGCCCAUAUUAACGCAUAGCACAAGACGAUUCUUAGUCCUCUGCACUUACAAGCCCGAGACUUUAACAGUUAGAGCAGGAAUCAACUUACCGAAAUCUAAUCCCGGAGAUGUGCUCCAUCACCACAAAUCUUCAAGUGGGUCCGUUGAACCAUACGAGAACCAAGACAUGGACUACAAUGAACUACAACCAGCCAGGCUUGAAGCGAGAAAGGAGGAAUCGGAACAAAGUGCGUUCGGUGAGGUCAGUUUGGUGAUGUUUUUAGUAGUGACUGCGUUUGGCGGCAUCGCUCUCUUAAUAUGGAAGGUGGUACCGCAAGCUGAAAGGGACAACAUAUCUAUCGCCACCGUCUCAUCUCUAGCACGAAGCGGGAUCUUCAGUAGGCGGAAUAGAGAUCGAUUUUCAGACCAAAGCUCGGUAUAUUCGAUCUCUUUAUCGGAAAAAGAUGAAGGUACGCCCAAAAAACCCAAUGAAGGCGACAACACGUCUGAAGCGUAAAUACUUUAAUACUAUUGUGAUUGAUUUAAUUUAAUUAUUAGUUUUAAGUGCACGUUCUGUUUGGUACGCGGUUCGUACGACAAAUUAAGACUGUUCAGUUAACAAAAUGGCUAAGGUUAAAAAAUAUUUCAGACCAUGUUCAGACUCAAAGCAGACCGUAAUCAACUCAAUUCGAAACCGAUAUACAUACCUUUAACUGGUUUCCAAAGAAAUAUAACAUAAAAUUUGAUGUUUUUUUGCUUUUUAAAAAAAGUACCUAUUGGCACAUUUCUAAUUCGUGGCCAGUAUUUGCUUUGCACUAGAAUCACUAACAUCAAUGCUAUGAUUGCCAUAGUUAUAUCUAGUAUUUAAGAACAAGACUUGUGUGAAGUGAGCAUACGAAACCACAUAAUUUAAAAUGAAUUUGGGUAUCUACAUACCUAGGUAUUUGUGUUUAAUUAUUUAUUAUUGGCAGUAAAAGUAUGUAGUUAAACAAAACUCCUUGUCCUUUCGUAUGUUCGUUUGCAUUGAAUUUAGUUUUAAGAUAAUACAAAUAGAAAAAUGAG